AUGGAUGGCCCCAUUUUAAAGUUCCGCCUUGGAUUCUCCAAAGCUCAGGGAGAUUCGCCUCGAGAGAUCACCUCCCGCAGCAACUUGUCGAGUGACACUGGUGAGAAUGGGUGGCUCAUUCGGUUCUUUGACUCAGCAUUUUUCUGCGAGUGGAUCGCUGUUAGCUACCUAUACAAGCAUGAGCACUCGGGGGUACGUGACUACCUUUGUAAUCGAAUGUACACUCUUCCCUUAUCGGGUAUCGAGAGCUACUUGUUUCAAAUAUGUUAUAUGUCAGUGCACAAGCCUAGCCCGUCUUUGGAUAAGUUUGUGAUUGAUAUGUGCUCUAAGUCGCUUAAGAUAGCCCUGAAGGUGCAUUGGUUUUUAUUGGCGGAGCUUGAAGACUCUGAUGAUAAUGAAGGAAUUAGUAGGAUUCAAGAGAAGUGUCAGAUUGCGGCCACUUUGAUGGGUGAGUGGCCGCCUUUGAUACGUCCUCAAAGUGAGUUGGCCAGCCCUGGGAGCAAGAACCAGGUAUUGAAUAAAAUAUUGUCAUCAAAACAGAAGUUGUUGUCACUAACGUCUUCCCCACCUGCUCAGAGGUCUUUUUCUUUCUCGCCUUCAUCAGGGAACAAUCUGCAAGAGGAUGGUGGUCUGUUCUCUCCUGAUGAGAACAAAAUAUUUAAAAAAUUCAUACCAGGGCCAAAGGUUCGAGAUGCAUUGCUCUUUAGGAAGUCGGUGGAGAAAGAUGAGGAUGACUCUGAAAAAGAUGGGUUCUUUAAGAGGCUUUUAAGGGACAGUAGAGGUGAUGAGGAGAUGGGUUCUAAGAUUAGAGAUUCUUUGCUUUUCAGGAAGUCGUCAGAGAAGGACGAUGAUGAUGCAGAAAAGGAUGGGUUCUUUAAGAGGUUAUUAAGGGAUAGUAGAGGUGAUGAUGAGGAAUUGACAUCGAGCUCAGAUGGAUUUUUUAAGAGAUUGUUUCGUGAUAGUAAAAGUGAUUCUGACGAUAGAUCAAUUUCUAAAUCAGUGGAAGAUGAAGAAAAAGAUGGGUUCUUUCGGAAGUUUUUCAAAGAUAAAUUUGAGGACAAAAAAGACCGAAUUGAUAAGAAUAUAGAUGAGGAUGCACCGUACUCUGAAGAAAGAUGUUCAAGAACAGCUGAAGAUGAUGAAAAAGAGGGUUUCUUCCGAAAACUCUUCAGGGAUAAGUUUGACGACAAGAAAGAUGGGAAUGAUAAAACUGAGGAAGGGAGUGCCAAUGGAGAGGAAGAAGAGCCUUCUGACUUUUCAUUGUUCCGAAGAUUGUUCCGUGUGCACCCUGAAGAUGCGAAAAGUACUGCUGCCACUGAAAACAGCAAUAAUGGUGGCUUGUUAGAAAGUAGUCCAGGGACUGAGAAUUUUUUCCGCAAAUUGUUUAGAGAUCGUGACCGUUCCGUUGAAGAUUCGGAGCUAUUUGGUUCAAAAAAACACAAAGAGAAACGCCCUGGUUCUCCAAAGCAACAAAAUGAAAAGUCAAGUGCAAAACCCCCACUUCCAAAUAAUACAGCAUCCCAAUACCGUAAAGGGGCUUAUCAUGAGUCGUUGGACUUUGUGCAGUCACUAUGUGAGACGUCGUAUGGUUUAGUGGAUAUAUUUCCAAUUGAAGAUCGCAAGAGUGCUCUUCGUGAGUCACUUGCAGAGAUCAAUUUGCACAUUGAUGAGGCUCAAAAUAGUGGAGGAGUUUGCUUUCCAAUGGGGAAGGGGAUGUAUCGCGUGGUUUAUAUUCCGGAAGAUGAAGCUGUUCUUUUGAAUUCUAGGGAAAAGGCACCUUAUCUAAUCUGUGUUGAAGUCUUGAAAAGUGAAAUUCCAGGCAAUCCAAAGGACAUAUCUGGUUCUCAAAAGCUUUCUCGAGGAGGAAUUCCUUUAGCAAAUGGGGAUGCACUUCUGACAAGACCACCUCCCUGGGCAUAUCCAUUGUGGACUGUCCAGGAGGUCUAUCGUAAUAGUAAUGAUAGGAUGUCGAGCUCGACUGCUCAAGCAAUUGACCAGGCAAUGUCACAUACGUCAGAGGCAAAAGUGAAAUUUGUUACUGUUAAAAUAUCUGUGGAGAAGAAAUUGCAUGGCCAGACAGUGAAAGCAGAGAAUAUAUCAGGGAGUUGUCAACGUGGAGAGGCUGUAACUGCAUCAAAAGUAGCGCAAGGGAGUGAUUUGGAGUGGGUAAGGGUAGUGCUUACUGCAGAUCCUGGUGUUAGAAUGGAGGACAUUGAGGAUCAAGGACCCCCUCGACGGAAGGAACAUCGUCGUGUUCCAAGUACAGUGGCUAUAGAGGAAGUAAAGGCUGCUGCAGCGAAAGGAGAAGCUCCUCCUGGACUCCCUCUGAAAGGGGCUGGUCAGGAUUCGUCAGAUGCACGGCCAGUGGCUAAUGGCAGUACCCCCGAGGCCAGCAACGCCUUGUCUGGUGAACUUUGGGAGGUAAAGAAGGAGAGGAUACGCAAAGCUUCAGUUCAUGGAAAACUACCUGGUUGGGACUUGCGCUCUGUUAUUGUGAAGAGUGGUGAUGAUUGUAGGCAGGAGCAUCUUGCAGUGCAACUUAUUUCUCACUUUUAUGAUAUAUUCCAAGAAGCUGGUCUUCCCCUCUGGUUGCGCCCUUAUGAAGUCUUAGUUACUUCUUCCUACACAGCUCUCAUUGAAACAAUUCCAGAUACGGCUUCACUUCAUUCCAUCAAAAGUAGAUAUCCCGACAUCACGAGCUUGCGAGACUUCUUUGUUGCUAAGUAUCAAGAAAAUUCUCCAAGUUUUAAACUUGCCCAGAGGAAUUUUGUUGAAAGUAUGGCCGGAUAUUCCCUGGUGUGCUACCUUCUGCAAAUAAAGGAUAGGCACAAUGGAAAUCUCUUAAUGGAUGAAGAGGGUCAUAUUAUACAUAUUGAUUUUGGCUUCAUGCUCUCCAAUUCACCUGGGGGUGUAAAUUUUGAGAGUGCUCCAUUCAAAUUAACACGUGAACUUCUUGAGGUCAUGGACUCUGAUGCCGAGGGAGUUCCGAGCGAGUUCUUUGAUUAUUUUAAGGUUUUGUGCAUUCAAGGAUUCCUUACAUGUCGGAAGCAUGCGGAGCGCAUUAUUCUUCUUGUUGAGAUGUUGCAGGACUCUGGUUUCCCAUGCUUUAAAGGUGGUACACGGACAAUACAGAACCUACGGAAACGAUUUCACCUGAGUUUGACAGAAGAGCAAUGUGUGUCCUUGGUGCUUUCUUUGAUCAGCAGCAGCUUGGAUGCAUGGCGAACAAGACACUCAGUGAGUGUUGGUCAAAAAGUGCAUAUGCGAGCUGGCUGUGUUUUCCUCGGAGACUCUGCUGGCUGGUGGGAAUUCACUUAUUCUUGCGGGAACGUUCGACCCUACGGACCCUCCUCCCGUUCGUUGGACUCCUCAUACUGUACAGAGUGA